AUGAGAUCAUCGCCGUAUUUCCCAGCGCGAUCUGUGCUGUUCCGUAAGGAGGCCAAUGGAGUGACGUACCGUGUCCCUGCCCUGCUCUACCUGUCCCGCUCCAACUCCUUCCUGGCCUUCUGUGAGGAGAGACUCAGCCCCUCAGACGCCCAGGCUCAUCUGCUGGUCAUGCGCAAGGGCACAUUCUACAGGAACUAUGUGGAGGUCAGUACAGGGUCACAGACUUAGGUUGGGACACAGUUAUAACAGGUGUCCUAAUACUUUACCCUCCUACCCUCCCUCCCUGUCUCUACCCUCCCUCCCUGUCUCUACACUCCCUUCUCAGUGGGAGGACAUGCGUGUUCUGGGCACGGCUCAGUUGACAGGCCACCGGUCGAUGAACCCGUGCCCGCUGUAUGACGAGUUCACAGGCACCCUCUUCCUGUUCUUCAUCGCUGUGCUGGGCCACACCUCCGAGUCCUACCAGCUGGUGACGGGUAAGAAUGUAACGCGCCUCUGCUUCAUCUCCAGUAACGACCAGGGCAACACAUGGAGCCCUGCCACCGACCUCACCAAGAGGGUCAUAGGAGACACCAUCAAAGGUGAGACAAGGUCACAGCAGGCAGGUUGAUCUCAUGAGGUUAUGAAGUUCUGUGUUUUAUGGUGAAGUAUGUGUUUAUAUCACAUGGUGUCAUAUCUCUCUGGUUGUUGUUGUGGUUCUGGUUGUGUUUCCCCUCCUCAGACUGGGCCACCUUCGCCCUGGGCCCGGGACACGGCAUCCAGCUCAAGUCAGGCCGUCUGCUGAUGCCAGCAUAUGCCUACCAUAUCGACUGCAAGGAGUGCUUCGGCCAGAUGUGCCUGACCACGCCCCACGCUUUCUGUUUCCAUAGCGACACCCACGGGCGGACGUGGCGCUUUGGAGAGGCGGUGCCAGGGCCAGAGAGCGUGGAGUGCCAGAUGGUGUCUGUGGAUCAGGAGGAUGGGACCAACGUGCUGUACUGUAAUGCUCGGAGCCCCCUGGGCUGCAGGGUUCAGGCCCUCAGUCUGGAUGACGGAGCUGUCUUCCAGGAUGGACAGCUGGUUCAGCGGCUCACAGAGCCCCGUAAUGGCUGCCACGGUAGUGUAGUGGGGUUCCCUGCCCCCCUACACCUCAACCUCCGCCCUCGGCCACCAACCCGCGCCAGACACUGGACAUCCUUCGCGGCUAAGUCUGGUGACUCCUCCCCACCCACCACCACUGCCACUCCCCCUCCCAGCUCCCCACAGAAUUUCCUUACACCCACCUGGGUGGUGUACUCCCACCCGACGUGGACCAACGUGCGGAAGGACCUGGGGGUGUACCUCAGCCUGUUCCCCCGUGACCCGGACAGCUGGUCUGGCCCGUGGGUGAUCUACGAGGGCCCCAGUGCCUACUCUGACCUGGCCUACCUGGAGCUACCCUCAGCUGGGGCCCCGUCGGCCGUGGCCUUCGCGUGUCUGUUUGAGUGUGGCACCAGCACGGCUUAUGAUGAGAUCUCCUUCAGCAUCUUCACCCUCUACGAGCUCAUUGACAACCUGCCCCGCAGCACAAAGUCAGCCAGGAAAACACAGCCACCCAGCAACACACAGCCACCUAGCAACACACAGCCACCUAGCAACACACAGCCACCCAGCAACACACAGCCACCCAGCAACACACAGCCACCCAGCAACACACAGACCUUCCACAAUACAACACAACCCAGGGAAGAAAGACCAGCAGCGAGGAGGAUGAGGAAGAUGUGUGGUCUUUGCAAUGUUUCGUAA